AUGGCUAAGGCCGCGAAGUUGAUGGAGGCGCAGAGGGACCGACCGCCUCAACCGAUCGCGCGGGAGAGGAUCCGACCGCGCCCCAGGCCAUUGGGGGAAAAAGACUUAAGCAGCUUUGAGCCGCGGCCGCCGCCUGUAGACCCUGUAAAAGAAAAGGCCAGAAAGGGGGUGGAGGUUCUGAAAAAGAAGAAGAAGAAGCAGAGGAGUGCCCCAGAGGAAGCUGCAGAGGAGUCUAGGGCCAAGAGGGCGAAGGUGGCUCCAACGGAGGUAGAGGUCCCUGUGGCAAAGGACGCCCCAGAGGUGGUGGAGAUCAUCCCAACGGUGGAGGUUGUGGAGAUUGCUCCACCAGUGCAAGUGGAGGCUGGGGUGAGUGAGGCGGCACCGAGCGGAGGGGAACAGGUCCAGAAGAGGCCUGACCCCCAGGAAGGAGGGGUUCGUCUGGCUACGGCGAUUUAUCAUGCGCGCGCGGUGGCUGGAAGGUUGGAGGGAGAAGAAGGCCCAGCCAGGACAGGGGCAGACUGCCUGGUGAAGAUUGUAGAGGAGGGAGCUCUGCGCGCGGCAUCUGGGUAUAAUGAGGCCGACCUGCUGAGGGGGUUAUGCUCCGCCCAAAUGGAGGUAACUACCUUGGCGGGGGCCCUUCUUAGGAAGGCUGGGGCUGCCAAGUUGAAGGCUGAGGAGGCCAGGGCCCAGUUGGCCAAAUUAAAGAAGGAUAGUGCCGACUGGAAGACUGCCCAUGCCGAUCUGCCAGCAGUCAAGUUGGAACUGGAGGACACACGCCGUAAGGUUGUGUCGCUUGAGUUCCAACUGGCUGGUGAACAGAAAAAGUUGGAAGAGUCUGAAUGGGCCUGCGCCGUGGAGUUGGGGGAGGAGCGUGCCAGAGCAGAGGAAAAGAAGGGGAGGCUUCUGAGGGAGUGGGAGAUGGAGAAGGCGAAGGCGGCGGCGGAGCUGGAGAGUCUGAGGAAGGGGGUGGAAGAGGAGAGGGCGACGGCGGUUGCUGAAAAAGGGGCCCUGCAAAGGGAGCUGGACGAGGAGAGGGCGAAGGCGGCGUCUAAAAAGGCGGCCUACCCUGAUCUAUGCGUCGCAGCAGUGGAGCAAUAUAAAGGGUCCCCCGAAUUUCAGAUGGUGGUGAAUGAUGCUGUCGCCAGGAGUCUGGCUGGUCAAGAGUCUGGAGGGAUGGGCCCAUCAAGGAAGACUGCUGGAGGUAGGACAGAGGCAGAGGAUUGUAAAGGAGUGAAUGAAUGA